AUGGAGGUUGACGAAAAUUCAUCGGAAGAGCCAAUGAGUAUUGAAAGAAAUGAAAAAGAUGAACCAGAUACAACUGAAGAAGAAUGGGAUAUUUUUAAUGAGUAUGGUCAACUAGAGAAAAUUAGCGAAGGUGCAUAUGGUAUCGUUUACAAGGCUAUUGAUUUGCAAUCGCAAGAAACGGUGGCAAUAAAAAUGAUUCAUUUCGAAAACGAGGAAGAUGGUAUCCCGGUUACAUCUUUGCGGGAAAUUUCAUUGCUCCGUGAACUAAAACAUCCAAACAUUGUUCGUCUUGGACGAGUUAUUCUGGACGUAUCGUGCAUAUUCCUGGUUUUCGAAUACAUUAGCAUGGAUUUGCGUGAUUACAUUAACUCACUUCCGGACGGUGUAACAAUGAGCACAAUAGAGCAAAAAACUUUUUUGUAUCAAAUUUUGCGAGGCGUUUGCCACUGCCAUGAGCGCCGCAUUAUGCAUCGCGAUUUAAAGCCACAAAAUCUGCUGGUUAGCUCCGAGGGAAUUAUAAAACUUGCUGACUUCGGUCUCGCACGAGCAGUUAGUGUUCCAAUGCGAGCCUAUACUCAUGAAAUCGCCACCUUAUGGUAUCGGCCACCGGAGAUACUACUUGGUGAGAAUCGAUAUUCGUUUGGAGUUGAUAUAUGGAGUGUCGGAUGUAUAUUUGCUGAAAUGGCUGCGAGAACACCUCUUUUUAAGGGUGACUCAGAAAUCACUCAGCUAUUUUCUAUUUUUAGCAUAAUGUCAACUCCAACCGAAGAUAACUGGCAUGGAGUAUCGCAGUUACCAAAUUAUCAUGAUACUUUCCCUCAAUGGAAAAGAUGUUGUCUGGACAAGGCAUUGCACAGAUGCAUGGACUCUGAGGGUUUGAAAAUCUUGAAGGCAAUGAUAAAAUAUAAUCCGGCGGAACGAAUUUCGGCCAAAGAACUUUUAAAAAAUCCAUAUUUCAAUGAUAUCGACUGGGAAAAACUGACAGCAGCUGGUUAUGAUAAUGCUAUAAAACUCUAUGAAAACUACUAA